AUGAAUAGAAUGUCAAAUGUGGAAUAUUUAAAAGCAAUUCAAGAAUAUAAAGAUAGAGAAAUAAGAGAAAUUAAAGAAAUUAAAGAAAGAUCAAUGGCAGAACUUAAUAAAAAGAAACCCUUUCUAUUAGAUAUUUAUCAUAGAGCUCAACUUAAAAUUGAAUCUGAAACUUGUCUAUUUUUUGCUACUUCUACUGAAAAAAGAAUUUAUUGUAUGUAUAAAAAAAAAAUAAAAAAAAAUAAAAAAUAA